AUGAAUGAAUCCACCUUGAGCAAAGUUGCUAUGGCUCACAGGCAUGCGAUUUCCAGCAAUUUUGCAACUGAAAAGAAUGAAACCAUGAGCGGAUGCUCAGAAUGUGUGACUAUGUUGUUGCUCAACUGCACAAUUAUAUUAUAUGGUCCAGAACUGUUGUUUCCUCAGCAAACACACAAUCAUGUCGUUUCCCAUCUUGUUUAUCAGGAUGGUUCGAUUCCUGGCGGAAUCGUGAUUUUUGCAAAACGGAAGAAGAGAGUUCCACAUUAUCGGACAACUCCUCGCAUAAUGGGGAAAAGCAAAAGAAAGAAGCACAUGAACGACAAAAUUCCUUCAAAGCCUACGGCCAAUAUAAGUGAAACCAUGAGAAAAGAGAGGGCACUAGAGGGAGAGGUGUUUGAAAAUGUUUCAACGGCAAUCUCAGGGAGUCUCCGCAGCACUAAAUCGACUAGUUUGACUAGGAAACUGAAAAAGAAGAAGAGAAAGCCUGUUCCUCCGGUGAACGUGCUUACCGAGGAGAAGCCAAUAGAAUUUCAAAAUGAUAUAUUGUCAAUCUAUUCCCAAACAGAAGGGACUAUUUCAUUGGACUCUGUAUCCAGUAUCGGUACAGCGCAAGUAGAAAAAAUAAAGGAGGAGCAAAAAUCCAGCGUCUUACCGCCCACAGCAACAUUACUAGCUGAGCGAGUGAGAACAAUUCCCCCACAGCCUCCAAAAGCAAUUCAAGUAACGGAUGCUGUUUUCUGCGAAAAAACCAAUCUUGAAGGACCAUUCACCGCCGAUCAUAGAAAAGGAGAUGUUGAACUAAGCUUCAUCAAUCAGCUCAUCUCCAGUGUCUUGGCUAUAGUGAACGAAUCAGGAAACACUAAUUUGGAGUUAAAGAUCACACUAGAUAGAGAGGAUAAUGGAUUGCCGAAAGUAACAUUUGAAAUGGUACCCAAAGCUCAUACGAGUAAUCCAAUAGAACGGCUUAAUCGAGCAUUCGUGCAAUAUGCAAAGUUUCAUGAAGAAAUGGGAGUGGCAAGCGAUUGCGAAACUGCUAUUUCUCGGCUACAGCCUACACCAAGAUCACAUUCACCGUCUACUGAACAGCAAAAACAGAAUGGAUCUCGAUUUUCUCUCCUAUCCGUCUUCAACUCAGUAUUCUCUGGAUUUGGGAAUCAGAAGGGAAAAUGA